UUCAUUGCUUUUGUUACGAAAGCUCACUGGUUCGAGUUUAGAUUCAGUCUACCCCUCCCCCAAUAUCUCCCAAUCUCUCCUCACUCCUGGGCCAGUUUUAAUAGAAACCAAAUGUUGGGUGUUAGAAAGUUUAGUUAAAAUGCCAAAGAAGUGUAAGCACUUUAGUGAUUUUUGGUUAAAUGUUUUUUCUUGUCUUUUUGAAGUUCCUGCAAAAGGAAUUUCUUAUGUUUGCAUUUUCCUAGAUUUAUUACACAUGACCUUGUGCUUGUAUGACUUGUUUAGAAUAUAAACUGCAUUGUAAUAGGCCUGAAAGUUAAACUGAGAUAAGCUUUGUCUGUGGAACAGUACAAAACUGUCAGUAAAUUGGUUUGGAUGAUUUCAAGUUUUGGCAUGUACAGUACCAUGCAAAAGUUUUAGGAAGGUGUGAGGAAAUGCUGUAAAGUAAGAAGGCUUUAAAAACAUAUGUUUAUUAAUUGUUUGAUUUGAUCAAUUUACAAAAAGCAAAGUGAGCAAACAGAAGAAAAUUAAAGUAAUAUUUGGUGUGACUACCCUUUGGCUUCAACAUCUUGGAUACUUUGUACACUUGCACAAAAUCAGGGACUUUGUAGAAUCAGAAUCUGGUGUAUGAUUAACCAACAAUACCAAACAGGUUCUAAUGAUCAUCAAUUUCACAUGUAGGUUGUAACACAGCCACUGACUGGAACAGAAACAGCGGUGUAGGAGGCUUAAAACAGGGUGAUGAACAGCCAAACUGUUCCUGAGACAGGGCAAAGCAACAAUACACAGGCUAGUUAUACUGCAUCAACAAGGUCUCUUCCAGGCAAAGAUUUCAGGUUGUGCUAUUUUGAAAAAAGCACAAAGAAACGGCCAAUUUUGGUUACCAUAGACACAGUGGUCAGCCAUGGAAACUUAAUGCAGCAGAUGAGACACAUCAUGCUUACUUCCCUUUGGAAUCAGUAGAUGUCCAGCAGAGCCAUCAGUAAAGAACUUUCAGAAACCAGUGGGUCCCAGGUACACUCAUCCAUGAGAAGUCUGGACAGAAACGGUGUUCAUGAAAGAAAUACAGCCAAAAAUGUAUACCUCCAACAUAGGCUAACAACUCAACUAUGCAUGAAACCAUAGGAACUGUUGUGAAGAAAAUGGCAGCAGGGACUCUGGACUGAUGAGUCAAAAUAUUUGCUUUUUGUUGGCAGUUAGUUUGUUUCCUGAAGGGUUGGAGAAUGUCUGCAGGUAACAGCGAAGCAUGGUGGAGGUUCCUUGCAAGUUUCAGGCUGCAUUUCUGCAAAGGGAGAUGGAGAUUUGGUCAGGAGUUAUGGUGUCCUGAAUACUGAGAAAUACAGGCGGUUAUUUUUCCAUCUCGCAAUACCAUCAGGGAGGUGUCUGAUUGGCCCUAAAUUUAUUCUGCAGCAGGACAACAACCCCAAACAUACAGGCAAUCUAAUUAAGAACUAUUUUCAGCAUAGAGAAGAACAAGGAGUCCUGGAUGUGAUGGUUUGGCCCCCACAGAGCCCUCGUCUCAACAUCACUGAGUCUGUCUGGGAUUACAUAAAGAGACAUAAGGAUUUGAGGCAGCCUACAUCCACAGAAGAUCUGUGCAAAUGGUGAUGAGCCUGCGUGUCUCUGAACUGCAAGUACUCCUAGGAUACGCUGGUCGCAAUAAGCACGGGAGAAAGCACGAACUAUUGACCAAAGCACUCCACUUGCUGAAAGCUGGCUGCAGCCCUGCUGUACAGAUGAAGAUCAGGGAGCUGUACCGCCGCCGCUUCCCCACAAAAAUGGUGUCCCCGACAGACCUCUCUCUCUCUGGGGUCCACUCUACAACAGGUGUAGCUUCUGCAGGUUUGCCUGCUAGCCUCACCCAACUCGGGUUUGACAGCCACGGCGCACCUUCGCCUCUGCUGCCUGUCUCUCUCCUGGGGCCCAAGCAUGAGCUCGGCCUUCCACACCUUCCCUCUGCCCUGCAUCCUGUUCAUCCAGACGUCAAGCUUCAAAGGCUUCCUUUCUAUGAUGUGCUGGAUGAACUGAUCAAGCCCACCAGUCUGGUUCUUCCUUACUAUAAGCAGAUUAAAUUGACCUCGGACAACAAUCAGAGGUUUCAGGAAACAUGUUUUGCAUUUGCAUUGACGCCACAGCAAGUCCAACAGAUCAGCAGCUCAAUGGACAUCUCUGGGACCAAAUGUGACUUUUCAGUACAAGUUCAGUUAAGGUUUUGCUUAUCAGAGACGAGUUGUCCUCAGGAAGACCAUUUCCCACCAAACCUCUGUGUGAAAGUGAAUGGAAAGCCCUGUAACCUCCCUGGCUAUCUUCCUCCAACUAAAAACGGAGUAGAGCCAAAAAGACCAAGCAGACCCAUCAACAUUACCUCUCUGGUCCGAUUAUCCACAACAGUCCCCAACACUAUUGUGGUAUCUUGGACAUCAGAAAUCGGCAGGAGUUAUUCCAUGGCAGUGUACCUCGUCCGACAGCAGUCCUCUACAGUUUUGCUACAGAGACUACGGUCGAAAGGCAUCAGGAACCCAGACCACUCAAGAGCACUCAUCAAAGAGAAGCUGACGGCUGACCCUGACAGUGAGAUCGCUACCACUAGUCUGAGAGUCUCCCUUCUCUGUCCGCUGGGGAAGAUGCGGCUGAUGGUUCCGUGCCGAGCGCUGACGUGCUCACAUCUGCAGUGCUUUGACGCUACACUCUACAUCCAAAUGAACGAAAAAAAACCCACCUGGGUUUGUCCAGUCUGUGACAAGAAGGCCCCAUAUGAACACCUCAUCAUCGAUGGAUUGUUCAUGGAGAUCUUAAACAGCUGUGUAGACUGUGAUGAGAUCCAGUUUAAGGAGGAUGGAAGCUGGGCACCUAUGAUAUCCAAAAAGGUGGUGCAGGAGGUGUCUGCUUCCUCCAACGGCUUAGAGGGUUCAUGUCGACCAGUGCUGUCUGAGCACAAAAACAGCUCAUCCUACACUAGCGGUAGCAACAGUAAAAAAGUGGAAGUGAUUGACCUUACACUGGACAGCUCCUCAGAAGAUGACGAUAACGAUGAAGAGCCUCCGCCUAAACGGCCCUGUCCUUCACUUUCGCCCGCUUCACCACCUGUCACUAAAGGCGUGUUAAAUCUUCACCAUCAGGCAUCGCCAGUGACGCGAGCUCCAAGCAUGCCAGCAGUGGAGACAAACUACAUUCCCCCUCCACCACCUCUCAUUCAGGACUACCGCCACUAUUACCACACACCCAGUGACCUGUCAGAUCUGAAUUUCUUUUCAUUUUUACCAGGGGAAAAUCAUCCGCAUUACAGCAUGGUGAUGGCAGCCGCAGCUGCAGCAUCUGCCUCAGCGUCAACAUCAGAAGAUCACGAGCUUCUCCGCUUCUUGCCCUAUAACUCCUCACCGCUGUACCUUGAGCAAGCAGGCACCGCGCCGAGCAGUUCACUGGCACCACCCAAUGGCAGCGCAGGCAGCAGUAGCAGCCUGCGGGACAGCCAUGGGCACAGCAGUGUUUCACGUUCACGGUCGGACACAGCUGCCUCAGUCAUAUACGGCUCCAUGCCGGACGUCAUCUCGCUCGACUGAGCACACAGGCACAGCAACCCAAAGACUGUCGAUGUGGGCUAUCUGCACCAUCCAUGGGAGACUAGAGAAGCCUGGUGCGCUUCCUGAGGAUUUCGAGAUGAAUGAGGCAGAAGGAAAAGAGGGGUGGUGAAAAAGAGGACAAAAAACUUUGUAAAAAAGAUGAUGAUGAAAAAGAAAACGCUGUACAGAGAAGAAAUAUCUAUUUUUAGUUUUACUUUUGUAUAUAAACAAUAGGACGCUGCCCGCCCAGUGAGUGACUUCGGUUCAUAUAUUUUUUGUGUGAAUACUGAAGGUGUUUUUUCACUUCUCCAUGUGCUGUCCCUUGACUUAAACUUAUUCUGUAUCUUUUAUACUCUUUUUGCUAUUUUAUUUCACCUCAAACACUUACACACUUCAAUCCCAGUCAUUUUGAUCUUUUUUGAGGGGUCAGUAUGUUAUUUAACGACACUUUGUUGUGCAGGUAAUUUAUGAUGCUUUUAAGUUAUGUAGUUUGUAUGCUGUAUAAAAUCAUUUCCUGAUGCCAUUACAGGAUCUAGCCAUGAGGCAUGCUCAGAACGCCAGACACCUCUUAUUCCAGCUUUGCAUUUACCUCCAUCUAACAAUCAGUAAAGUAUGUGAAAGAGAGGUUUUUUCCAGAUAUUUAUGCAGAGAUCAUGUUGCACACAUCUCCCAGCUUAUGAAACUAAAUUAUUAUGAUAAUUAUUUGAAGCUUCAUAGUUUGCUAUGAAGAAUUUAUCAACUGGGGAGAAAUGUAAUUGAAGGUUUGGUACUAUAGUGCGAUACAUUUAUGAAGUGAAGCGGUUAACCUAAGAAGUAUAUGUAGCUCCAGAAGGUUUUCGGAUUUUCUGUCAGAAGACUAAUUGAAGGUCAAGUGGUUUGUCCACCUUCAGUUAUUACAAAACAAUAAAAUCAGAUCUUGAUUCAAACCAUCAUGCACCAGAAUUUGGGAAACCCAAAUGUUGUUAAAGAUACUGUUGUCUGUGUAGCUUAUAGUGAAAAACACUGUAUUGCAGAGAUCAGAGAUUAAGAGCGAUGACACUGGGAGCAGGAAAUGGUUAACGCCCAUUGCAGUCUGUGUUGGAACCUGCUGUUUCCUGCAUUUUCUCUGCAUGAAGAUGUGUCAUGUGCUACUCUUCCACAACGUCAAGUUUUCAGGACUGUGAUAAUCAAUCCUUUAAAGUUAUAGAAUAACAUUUUGACGAUUUAAUUUUUUAUUUUAUUUUUUUCACAUUGACUAAAUAUAAACUUGGAUGACUGGGUCAUAAAUUCUACAUGUACAUACAAAAGAACUUGACCGUUAGACCUAUUUUCAACCAAAUUAACGUUUUUAAAAUUCUGGUGCAGACGUUUUCCAUUUUAGUAUUUAUUUUAAUUGGCUUGGAGUUGGUUUUUCAAACCUUUGGAAAAGUGUGCCUGGUCAUAUCGCUUGGUCCUAUACAUCUCUCUCUGGCAUGCAGAAACCUAGCAGAAAAAAAUAGGUUUCUUCUUCCUGGUGUUCAGCUUCAUGUUUCCAUGUAGAAAGAAGGAUUUUAUUUGUCAGAAUGAUUAAGUAUCAUUUUUAAGAUGAUCUUUCAGUUUUUUAUUUAAAUGUUUUAUUUUUCCUGGUGACGUCACAGCCACGCCAUCCUUGCCGCCUCCACCCCUUACUCCUCUUUGUUAAAAACUGAACUUAUUUAUUUUUAAUCUAUAUAUUUUUAGUAUUUGUUUGACAAUUAUGCUUUACUGUCAUCAUACAUUUAUUUCAAUAUGAAUUAUUUAAGAGCCCUUGCCACAUGCAUUGUAACAAGCAUCCUGUUAUUUUUUUUUUAUUUGUGUUCCUUGUUCUGUUUUACUGAUUUCUGUCUGUUCUGUACGUUAAUUCCAUCUCCACAAUCUAUGGUUGUGUCAGAUUUUACGAUUUCGUUGCAAAUUAAACACUUAAAGAUGAAAGCCGGCUGCGUGUGGACAAACUCCGGCUGAAUUGUUAGGACCCACUGAGAAAUGUGUAAUUUUUGUGUUUAUCCACUGACUUCUUAUGCACAGCGGUUACUACCUGUAUAAAUGUGUAAGCUUUCAUCAAAAUCCAUCUGUUUUCUGCAGGCCAACAUUUAUACAUGUAGUACAUGCUAAUUCAACUGAAGUGAAUAAAUAUUUGAAUAAAAGGAUAUUGUGCACUGAGGGACCACGACUUGAUUCUGAGAACUGUUCUUCAAGAGAAAAGUCUGCACUGGAAAAUGAAUAUUGGUGAGGCAUUAGAUUACACUGAACUGAAGCCCUAAAAAUGAAGCAGCCCAUAUCUAGGUUCCCGGUAGAAGCACUGUUUUUUUUUUAAUAUAUAUUUUUCUAAAGAAAUGACGCAGACCGUGCUGUAAUCGACUGACACUCAAACCGUUCCAGGUUUCCUACCACUAGAGAAGAGACUUAGCCCAUUUUAGCUGUACUGGUAAGACUGGUGUGCAUGAGAUCUCUCUGCCUUAAAUUCUUUUCUUUGCUUUUUUUUCUCAUGAAAGAAAUCAUUAUGUACAUCAAGCCACUAUCAGUUUGUACAAAACAUCAAAUUAUUUAUUUGAUUUGGGAUACAUUGUUUACCUAAUGAAUGUUAAUUGUUUAUGUAGAGAGUGGUUUAGCUGUAAUAAAACACAUGCAACUA